AUGACCUCAGUACACAACUGUAAUGACGCAGUAUUGGAUUAUAAGCUGUCUUUGAUAUUUAAUGUUUUAGCCAUAUCCACUCGGGGAUAUGAUGUUAGCAUCCCCCCUGACUUAACAAGUUGUGAGGUGGAGGCUCCUGAUCCAAAUAAUUCAUUGGAACAGCUUGACGGACACAACAGCCCUCUUCCUACUCUGAAAGGUUAUUUUCUGAAUUUCCUGGAGCCAGUAAACAAUAUCACCAUAAUCCAGGGCCAGACAGCCAUUCUACAUUGUAAGGUGGCGGGCAACCCGCCCCCCAAUGUGCGGUGGUUGAAGAAUGAUGCCCCAGUAGUUCAGGAGCCCCGGCGGAUCAUCAUCCGGAAGACAGAGUAUGGUUCUCGGCUGAGGAUUCAAGAUCUGGACACCACAGACACUGGCUAUUAUCAGUGUGUGGCUACGAAUGGGGUGAAGACCAUCACGGCCACAGGCGUCUUAUUUGUGAGGCUUGGUCCAACACACAGCCCAAAUCAUAAUUUUCAGGACGACUAUCAUGAGGAUGGAUUCUGCCAGCCUUACCGAGGCAUUGCCUGUGCACGCUUCAUUGGGAACCAGACCAUUUAUGUGGACUCCUUGCAGAUGCAGGGGGAGAUCGAAAACCGAAUCACUGCGGCAUUCACCAUGAUUGGCACCUCCACGCACCUGUCGGACCAGUGCUCGCAAUUUGCCAUCCCGUCCUUCUGCCACUUUGUGUUCCCACUCUGCGAUGAGAGGUCCCGGGCUCCCAAGCCCCGUGAGCUGUGCCGUGACGAGUGCGAGGUGCUGGAGAGUGACCUGUGCCGCCAGGAGUACACUAUCGCCCGCUCCAACCCUCUCAUCCUCAUGCAACUGCAGCUGCCCAAGUGUGAGGCACUGCCCAUGCCUGAGAGCCCGGAUGCUGCCAACUGCAUGCGCAUUGGCAUCCCUGCCGAGAGGCUGGGUCGCUACCACCAGUGCUACAACGGCUCAGGCACAGACUACAGAGGGACCACCAGCACCACCAAGUCAGGGCACCAGUGCCAGGCCUGGGUCCUGCAGCACCCUCACAGCCAUCACUUGUCCAGCGCCGACUUCCCAGAGCUAAGAGGGGGGCACGCCUACUGCCGGAACCCUGGUGGCCAGAUGGAAGGCCCAUGGUGCUUUACCCAGAAUAAAAACGUACGCAUGGAACUGUGUGACGUUCCCUCAUGUAGUCCCCGAGACAGCAGCAGAAUGGGAAUUCUCUAUAUACUGGUUCCAAGCAUUGCAAUUCCCUUGGUCGUCGCGUGCCUUUUCUUCUUGGUCUGCAUGUGCCGGAACAAGCAGAAGGCUUCAGCAUCCACACCCCAGCGAAGGCAGCUGAUGGCAUCACCCAGUCAAGACAUGGAGAUGCCUCUCAUUAACCAGCACAAACAGGCCAAGCUCAAAGAGAUCAGCCUGUCCAUGGUGCGGUUCAUGGAAGAGCUGGGUGAAGACCGAUUUGGAAAAGUCUAUAAAGGCCACUUCUUUGGCUCCACACCUGGGGAGCAGACCCAGCCCGUGGCUAUCAAAACACUUAAGGACAAAGCAGAAGUGCCCCUCCGGGAGGAGUUUAAACAUGAAGCUAUGAUGCGAUCGAGACUCCAGCACCCCAACAUAGUCUGCCUGCUUGGAGUGGUGACCAAAGAGCAGCCUGUCAGCAUGGUCUUCAACUACUGUCCCCACGGUGACCUACAUGAAUUUCUGGUCAUGCGCUCGCCACACUCAGACGUGGGCAGCACUGACAAUGACCGGACUAUGAAGUCUGCCUUGGAGCCCCCUGACUUUAUCCACUUAGUCGUCCAGAUCGCUGCGGGUAUGGAGUACCUGGCCAGCCACCAUGUGGUACACAAGGACCUAGCCACUCGCAAUGUCCUCAUGUUCGAUAAACUGAAUGUGAAGAUCUCGGACCUGGGCCUCUUCCGCGAAGUGUACUCAGCUGAUUACUACAAGCUGGUGGGGAACUCACUCCUGCCCAUCCGCUGGAUGUCCCCAGAGGCCAUCAUGUAUGGCAAGUUUUCCAUCGACUCCGAUAUCUGGUCCUAUGGUGUGGUCUUGUGGGAGAUCUUCAGCUACGGCCUGCAGCCAUACUGCGGCUACUCCAACCAGGAUGUGGUAGAGAUGAUCCGAAACCGCCAGUUGCUUCCCUGCCCAGACGACUGCCCUGCCUGGGUGUACGCCCUCAUGAUUGAGUGCUGGAACGAGUUCCCCAACCGGCGGCCCCGGUUCAAGGAUAUCCAUAGCAGGCUCAGAACCUGGGGGAACCUCUCCAACUACAACAGCUCGGCACAGACCUCAGGCACCAGCAACACCACACAGACAAGCUCCCUUAGCACCAGCCCUGUGAGCAACGUGAGCAACGCCCGCUACAUAGGACCCAAGCAGAAGGCCCAGCCCUUCCCACAGCCCCAGUUCAUCCCCAUGAAGGGCCAGAUCAGACCCAUGGUACCCCCACCCCAACUCUACAUCCCUGUCAAUGGGUAUCAGCCAAUGCCUGCCUAUGGAGCCUAUCUGCCCAACUUCUAUCCUGUGCAGAUACCAAUGCAAAUGGCGCCUCAGCAAGUGCCCCCCCAGGUGGUCCCCAAGCCAGGCUCCCAUCACAGUGGCAGUGGGUCUACCAGCACGGGCUAUGUCACCACUGCACCCUCCAACACAUCAGUGGCCGACAGGGCAGCCUUGCUCUCCGAGAGUACAGAGGAUGCACAGAACACUCCCGAAGAUGUGGUUCAGAAUCCUGUGCCAGAAGCUGAAGAGGAAGAGGAAGGCUCCGUCCCAGAGACAGAGCUUCUGGGAGACAAUGACACUCUGCAGAUGGAGGAGGUUGAGGUCCAGCUGGAAGUUUGA